AUGGCCUUUUCAGACCCAGCAAAGUUUGUCCUUUUGGCCAUCGCGAUUGCCUUUGUCCUCUUUGCCCUUGGCUUCUUGAUGUGGCAGGUCUACAAAUACUUCAUUCAUACACAGGAGAAUUGCCAGAAAAUAUGUGAGGAUUUGCCGUCUGAAAUAAAGCACCCAAGAUACCGUGGGGUUGAGGACCCCAACACUGACCCUAUCUGCGGCCUGUCUUCAUCUUCACUUACAUCCUCAGAGUAUGGUCAACUUAAUGGAGACAUGGAGGAGCCUGUCAAGGAAUGGCGGUCCCACAUAGUCACAGAUGGUUCUUGUCCUCUUUUUGGAAACCGGUUCAGCAGUGUACUACCAGAACAUAUAAACCUUCAUGAUAUCAUACUCAAGAUGGAGGUCAGAGGCAAAUUGUCUAGAAACACAGCUCUAGGGGAGGUACGAGUAUCUCUGAAGAGCCUCAACAUAACAAAACCUAUUGAACUGCUCAAAGAACUACAAACUCCAAAAAAGGAUCUUGUCGGAGAACUACUUUUGUCUUUACAAUACUUGCCAUCUUCAAAAAGGCUUGAAAUUGGACUUUUAAAGGUUAAGGUGGUUACUGUUAAUACUUUCAUGAAUGCGGCUGUUUGUGCCAAAAUCAUUGUCAAGUGCAACCAAUACCGACAAGAGACACAAAAAUCGUCCGUGGUGUCUUACAGUACGGCUGCAGAUAGUUGA